AUGCCUUGUUCGCAAAUCUCGUGGCGCUUCGCCUCAUUCAUUCCAGAUCUCAUGUCGUCUCCUCGCUGUCUUCAGCACAUUUAUCAAUCAUUGUGCACAAUGAUUUCGCUGAUUUUAAACAGUGUGCUGAUCUAUCUUAUUUUGUACAAAUCCCCCAAAAAAUUGGGAGAUUAUAAGUGGUUGAUGAUUUAUACAGCGGUUUUUGAACAGAUUUAUACAGUGGUGGAUUUGUUAACAGAGCCGACUGCGUACUCCUAUGGCUACUCGUUUGUAGUUUUCCGUCGUUACAACGCCACGUGGACAGAUUCUAAUAAAUCUCAAGUGCUGAUUGUCACCUGGUGCGGACUGUUCGGGUCAUCGAUGGCAGUUUUUGGCGUUCAUUUUGUGUAUAGAUUUGCGUCUGUUCAUCCGAACCACUCCCUAUUCUGGAACAAAAUUCAAGCAUUUGGGAGAAAUUUGCUUGUACUGUUUGCAGUUCCCAUCGUCUAUUUUAUUUGGUGGUGUUUUGUGUGUAUAAUUUACUGUAGAUAUUCCCCGGACACAUUUUAUUAUAUGAGAAACAUCACCAAAACCCUCUACAACCUAAAUAUCGAGGACAUCAGCUAUAUCUCUGCCGUAUUCUACGUGGAUGACCCAAACAAUGGAUCCAUCCAUCUAAGCUGGGGUAGUUGGAUAGCUCUAGUUCAGUUCUCUACAAUGGUUGGCUCCUCAAUGUUCUGUGUCAGUUUCCUGGGAUAUUUAUGUUAUUCAGAACUAUCCAGUCAGUUAUCCAUGACCUCUUCUCAAUCCCAAGUUGCGAAUUCUCUUAAAAAACAGUUAUAUUUUGCGUUGGUGGGACAGACAGUAAUCCCUAUCACUUUUAUGUAUUUACCAGUUUGUGUUUUUGUGUUUGGUCCGGUUUUUAUGGUGGAGAUUGGUGUGAUAAGCACCUAUUUGACACAUGCAGUGACUUUGUACCCGGUUUUGAACCCAUUACCUAAUAUGUUUAUUAUCAAAUCUUAUCGGAAUACCAUAAUCGAUCGCUACCCUCUUGGACGCUUCAAAUCGUCCUACCCGUUUGCGAACAUUCGUGAAGCGAUACCUAGAGUAAUCGAGAGAGGUCCGCUUGGUUGUGGUUGGUUUCAAAAAAUGAAUAUUUCCUGGACCCAUGGGAUUGUUAUUCCCGAUCCCCAUGAUAUGUUAACACUUUAUGUUCAAUGUAAGCUGGUUGACGAGCCUGCAACUCCUUGGAAAAUUGAAGCAGAGGUUUCCAUUUCUCUCCACAAUUAUAACGAUCCUGAGGCACCUUUAAACUAUGACCUUGGAAUCCGAACAUUCCAGAACAAUUUUAGAAGUGCCCGUCAUGACAACGUUAUGAAUAUCAAUGAUUUGUUGGAUGAGAACUUUGGAUUUGUAAAAAAUAAUGAGAUUCGAGUGGAAUCAGAUAUUCGGAUUCUGACAGUUGAAGGAUUCUAUCAGCCAAGAGUCAUUGAUUACCGUGUACCACCACCUGAAAAACAAAAUCAUAUUUUGGCAUUUGAGUACGAAGACGCUAAGCUUUACGUGCACAAGGCAAUUUUGAGUUUUCAUCUACAGUACCCUGACUAUAUCUAUUCAACAAAUAGUUUUCCAAUCAAAAGACUGUCUAGUGGAUGUUUAGAACAAUAUCUGGAUGCUCUUUACGGAUUCCCAAUCUACAUUCAUGCUCGUCAAACUGUCAAAGAUAUAUUGAGUGUGGCCAGGACAUUUAUAACACACGCCAUUUCUCAAAGAGCUGCACCAGCAAUAAUAUACGACUCUAUGGGUCAGGAUAUUCCCAAAAAUCAUGUGGAAUUGGCUGUCGAGUUUGAUUUGAGAAGAGUUAUUCAUGCAUGGUUGUCUAAGAUGGAUUCAGUAAGAAAAGAAGAUGUGGAGGGAUUGAAUAUUGAAGAAAUGUCAGGAGAAGUAAUGAAGGCAAUCGUCCGCAAAGUUAUCAAUUCGGGAUGGGAAAAAAACUGA